AUGUCGGAGGAAUUUGUCCGUGGCUGCCUGGGUGUUCAACCUCGAGGUUACAAUGGAGGCCCCAUCAGCACUGUUGCAGGGCCCUACUUGCCAUCAGAAACAAUCGAUAUUACUCCACUGAGACAAGACCACUCCAAAAUCUCGAUCGAGUCGGUGGAUAAGCUGAUCUAUGAAGACCUUGGACAAGAAUACCGCGUCCGAGGCGUGAUAAAAGCCGAGAUAAGGGUUCCGAAGCCUGGCCAUCCUUAUGCAUUCAUAGCUACCGAGCGACAACCAUUCCAUCUCGCCCCGCCUGGUUCAUACGGUGAUGCGCUAAUCGGUCAAGCCAGGCCGCCGAAGCCUAAUGAGAAUAGGUUCAUCUACUGGACAUUCCAAGAGAUCCAAGAACUUAGGAAAUUGUCCGAGACGGCACUGCUGAAUCUACUACAAGAAGAGCAGAAUCAUUACCAAGAAUCUAUGAAUCGUGCUAGGCAGCACGGCUACCCACAACCAAGUUCGGCUUCAUACCAAGCAGUGCUGACUGUGGCUAGAGAACGCGGCCUGGUUCCAUGA